AACAUUUACAUUUUCACAUUUGGGCGCAGUUGCGAAAGUUACGUGAAAAGGCAAGGACAACGGUGGCAGUUACACUUCCGUACGGUCUGAUUCGCGUUUCUCCCACAUAUAUGUAUCACAGUGCUUCUUUUUCAAAAAGAAAAUAAUAUUCUUACAAAAUAUACAUAGAUAUUUAAGAGCCAAAGAGUUUCGAAAAGUGCAAAUAUGACUGAGACUGGAGAAAGCCUACAAAUAAGCUUGGCCAUCGGUAGGAGAAAAGUCUAAAAGGGCAGCAGUACAAAAAACACAUCAAACCAAACAACAACAACAACAAAAGCAGAGGCUCCAUUGUCAAAAUGACAAACGUCAGCUGAAGUUGGUAGACGAACGUAGUGGUUCAUUGGCCCCCACCCGAAAAAUAACCAAGCCCGUAGUCCAGAGCCCCUCGAGGAUUGGGAGUGGUCAUCAUCAUGCGACGUCCGAAAAUAUCCCUCAAGAAGUACUUCUAUUUCACACUGAUCUGCGCCCUCCUCCUCAUAUUCGGUUUCAAUCUAAAAGAGCACGAAAUAUGGAAGACGCGGAGUCCCCGAUCGGCGCUGAUGUCUCAGCAGCAGCAGCAGCAACACCAACAACUGCAUCAACUGCAGGCGGUGGAUGAGGAGCACCCGACGGCCACAAGUUCCACACCGACACCGGCGUCGGCCACCCUUCUCCCAGAAUCGGCUGCCAAUCUUGUCGAGAUACCGGAGCAGGCGGAACUGGAGGAGGAGGACAACGAGGUGGAACGACAGCAGGAUGCAGUGCAGGCCAAGCCAUGGUUCUUCAAGAACGGAGAAUACUAUCCGAAGCCAGCCAAGACCUACAGCAAUCGUAAGGCCCGGAAGCGGCAUGCCCCGCGGUUGCUGCCCCACCAGGACCCGCACUCCGACCGGAUACUCAACCAACUGAUGUACGUGCCGCACAACUAUGAGCAAAUCAAAUCCAGCGGCAAGCUGAAGACCAUUCUCCUGUACAACGGUCUCGGUCCGUGGAACGUCAAGAAGGGACGCGAAGUCUUCCUGAAAGCCAAGUGCCCUGUGGACACCUGCGAACUGACUGCCAACCGCGAUCUGGCCAGCUCGGCCGACAUGAUCCUCUACAAGGAUCACUACAUACCCACGGGCAUCCGGCGGCCCAGCAAUUCCAAGCAGGUCAGCAUGCUGUACUACCUGGAGUGUCCAUAUCAUACCCAGAAUGUAAAAGUUCCGGAUGCCAUCAACUGGACGGCCACCUACAGGCGGGACAGCACCAUUGUGGCACCUUACGAGAAGUGGCAGUACUAUGAUCCAAAGGUCCAACAGCUGGACCAGGAUCAAAACUAUGCGGUCAACAAGACCAAGAAGGUGGCCUGGUUUGUGUCCAACUGUGGGGCCAGAAACGGUCGCCUCCAGUACGCCCAUCAGCUUCAAAAGCAUAUUGACGUUGAUAUCUAUGGAGCGUGUGGCAACUACAAGUGCUCUCGGAGUACGGCGGACAAGUGCUUCGAGAUCCUCGACAACGACUACAAGUUCUACCUGGCGUUCGAGAACUCCAACUGCAAGGACUACAUCACCGAGAAGUUCUUCGUCAACGCUCUGAACCGAAAGGUCCUGCCGAUUGUGAUGGGAGCCCGUCCGGAAGACUACGAGGUGAGUGCCCCGCGUCGUUCCUACAUCCACGUGGAUGAGUUCGCCUCGCCAAAGGAGCUGGCAGAGUACCUGCACAUCCUGGAUCGGGACGAGGAGCUCUACAACUCGUACUUCAAGUGGAAGGGCACCGGGGAGUUCAUCAACACGUACUACUGGUGCCGGGUGUGCUCCACCCUGCACAACGAGGAGCAGCUCCGGAAGCCCAGAUGGUACAGUGACCUCAACGACUGGUGGCGGGGUGUCGGGGUGUGUACGACAGGAUCCUGGCGGAACUUCAAGGCGCGCAAGGAUGUCAUCAGCGACGACUGAGUGCUCGAGGCUAUCCAGAUCGUGGGCCUGGACAUGGCCUAGGUCAGAGUCCAGUGAGUCUGUCGCUUCUGAAUUGUUACUGUUUUCGUAGGCAUCCAAAGAUUUCAUACUGUCCCUAUCUACUUUCUACAGGAUGGAUCGAUUUUUAUGAUUUUUAUAAAGAACUUUUUAAAAUAUUUAUUUAAUUAAGUUUAAAGUUUCAGUAGAAGCUAUUUCUGAAAGUUUUAGCAUUUAAAUCGAAUCCAACCUGGGCUAUCUAUGUGUAAAGAAUUGCUUCGUUUUUGCCGGAGUUUUACGUAAAGUGUUUUGUAGUUAGUUAGUAA